AUGACGACCCCCACUUCCGGCUGUCAUUCCGGAACCACCGUGUCCUUCUGCCCUAGCCCGGAGAGCAGUACGCCGUCCCUCACUGGCAGUAUCAUCUCUGGGUCCCUCAUCUUCGGACUUGCCUUCUUCAUAUCCAUCGGCGCCCUCUUCUGGUACCGUUACCGCCACCCUGAUCGCUUGCCUCUCCGAUUCUUCGAUCCGGAGGCCGCUCGCUGGGUGAUCCACUCCCGAUCCCGAGCCGGGAGUCACUCCUGGAGAAAACGUAUUCGCGACUCGUUCCUCUGGUCCCAGCUGUUCGGGAGCUGGCAUCCCCCUUCCCACACUGGGGGCCCCCGCCAGACCGCCCGCCGCGCGCACAACGGCGCGGACGCCCCAGCCAUCGGCGUACGUCGCCCCCCGCGCGCGCUCACCCCCGCGCCGCCCCCGCCCUACGAUCCGUACCAUUUUGAUCCCGUCCACAACGUCUUCAUCCUGCACGAGUUCUCUCUUGCAGAGCUGACGCCCGCACGCUCGCCCGAGGCCGGGCCCUUCGUAGUCUGA